AUGGCGGCGCAGGCAGCUCUGAUUGCCGACACCAUUGUUGGCAUGAAGAGAGCCCUCCGCAAGGAGAAUGACUACUCUGGACCUGACGAUCCGAUCACUCAACCAACAAAUCGGGGCAAUAAAUUACACACGAACUCAAACUUCGUUCGGGAAGGUGCUCUGGGUUACAUACAUCCGGAAGAGCUUUAUAAACAGGUUAUUUCCACCCCCGCGGCCAUCGAGAGCUCUCUUUUUCUGGGAGCAUUAAAAAUUGAACAUGCUGGUUAUACACGUUACAUCCUCCAACCCAAUCCCGUGCGCUAUGAUUCUGAAGGCGAUGAGUUGGAUGAGGAUGACGAAGACUCCGAGGCUGAUGCCGCUGCGGCGGCAGAAAAUCCAUUCUCGGAAAUAGCGCUCGAAAACUUUCUUUGCCCUCUAAAACACCCGUCCGAACUCCCUACCCAUCCUUCUCUGUCGCACGCUUAUACGUCAAAGGCGCUGCUGCACAUGACGCAGGCAAUCGAAGCCAAACUCCGUCAAGAAAGAGCACUGCUUUGGCGGGCCAGGAAUCUGCACCGGCAGUUUUUGGGAGACAGUUCUUGGAUGCCAUCUGGUGCAGUGGAGACGUCUGAAGAUAGAUGGAUCUUUGAGCCCCGCUUAGCUCAUACGGCACGUAGCUCACCCGGAAGUCAAUACAGACCUAACGGGACCGCAAGCCCUUUGGUGCCAGGGCAUUCUGCCCAGAAAAACAGUGUGCAAGGCCCGUCCGUGGGUGCAGGUGAUUUAAAGUCGCCUUGGCCUUCCCAGAACGAGAAUGCUCAGGAUAAACCCACUGCGGAUAAGGACGUUGAGAUGACAGAUAUCCAUGAGCAGGCGAUGACUCACAAGGAAAAUGCUGCGAAUGCGCUUGAACAGCCCCGAGAGCCGAAAUCAGAAGAAGUUGAUACCCCAGUUGGCGACCUGCCUCAUCAUUCAGAGACUAUCAAUCAAGUCGCACAAGUCAAUGGAAGCCUCGCGGCAAACGCAAAAUCUGAUGGGGAUAAAAUGACGGACUCAGAUGGCACUUUGGACAAGGGUGGCAAGGAGCGCGAAGGUGCCACAAUCCAGGGAAUCGCGCAGCCCGAUCCCGAGAUUCGAGACGAUGCACAGGUAGACGGGACGGAUGCAGAUGCAGAUGCAGAAAUGCAAGAUGGAUCAUCUCCCGAGCCACCUCGGCGCAUGACGACCCGGGCACAGGCUAAUGCAGCGAACCCACAGGAGGGCGAAUCCGGACCCCUCUCCCCGUCCCCAUCUGACGACACAUUAGGGAGUCUUCCAACACCGCACCCUCUUUUCCUUAUACCGGACUCUGUUCGACCAGAUUCAAACUUCGGCCUCCCGCCCAACGAAGCGGAAGAGACACGUCGACUGCUCUGGUCUUAUGUACAGAAGCAAGAGGAGACCGUUCGUGGAUUCGAGCAUAUGCUGGAGUCUCUGCUCCGGGCCAAUCGGAUGAAAGAGGACGUGCUCGAGUGGUGCAAAGCGGAGGGGCACGUGGGCGAGAUGAGUGACGGAGAAGACUGGUAUGAUCGAGAGAAAUGGGGCCUUGCCGAAGGGGAAGACCUUAAGAAGGGUGCUGACGAGGAUGAAAUCGAACCCGUGGAGGAGAGCCGGACGUCGACCAAGAGAGGCAGAGGUCGACGGGCAUAG